AUGCUCGUCCAGGAGCGUGCCCGUCGGGCGACGGCGGGCAACCGCAUGCGCGACCUGCUGGAGCAGGCGCUCGAGGAGGACGACCUGUUCGUCGAGGCAGAGAAUGACGUCGAGUUUGAGGCGCGCGACGAGGAGCCCGACUAUGUCGACUCGGACUUUGAUGGCAACAGCAGCGAGGAGGAGAGCGGCGAGGAUGAGGAAGCGGAAGAGUCGCUCGCCCGCGAAGAGAAACGGCAGGCCAAGGCUGCGCGGCGGCCGGCUGUGCGCUCUCUCGCGGCGGUGGUGAGUGCGCCGGCGCCGCGGCGGGCGGCGCGUCCGCCACCCGCGCCGCGGCCCAGCGCGGCAGGUACGCAGGGCAGCGUGCGCAGCAGCUCGCGGCGUGCCACUGUUGUGAGCAAGCUCGCGACGCAGAGCAAGCUCCAGGAGGCCGAGGCCCGGCGUGCGUCGGCCAAGGCGCGGCCGGUGAAGCGGGCCAAGCAGCUGACGCAGGAUAUGCUCAUCCGCGAGGCCCUCGAGACCGAGGAAACCAACACAGAGAGCCUCUUGCACUUUCUCGAGCGCGAGGAGGAGCGCAAGGCUCGGCAGCGACAGUCUACCAAGAAGGAGAUCCAGGGGCCCUUUGUGCGGUGGAUCAGUGUGGGACUGCCGCAGAACAUUUGGGCCAUGCGCGCGCACGAGCACGAGGCCCGCGCAAAGACCGAGGGUGCUGAGCCUGUGCAGCCGCAGGACGGGCCUGCGCAGCCUCGUCCGGAGGCGCCAGGUCCUAUGGGGCCUGCGGGGGCCUCCUUGGCAGGUCCCAAGGAAGAGCCUGCGCUGCUUCCUCAGGAGGCGCCUGCUCGAGCGCCUUCCGAGGUGCCUGCACAACAGUCGUCCGAGAUACCUGCCCAAGGGCCUGCUCAACGGUCGUCAGAAACAUCUACUAGUGGCCCUGAGGUGCCUGGCCAAGGGUCGUCCGAGGCACCUGGCCAAGGGUCGUCCGAGGCACCUGGCCAAGGGUCUCCCGAGACACCUGGCCAAGGGUCGUCCGAGGCACCUGGCCAAGGGUCGUCCGAGACACCUGGCCAAGGGUCGUCCGAGACACCUGGCCAAGGGUCGUCCGAGACACCUGUUCAAGGGCCGUCCGAGACACCUACUCGUUGUCCUGCGGAGGCGCCUGCCCAAGGACCGACCGAGACACCCUCCCAAGAACCGACCGAGACACCCUCCCAAGGGUCUGCCGAGACCCCAGAGCCUCUGCGGGCGAGUGCCUCCGCGCCAGCCUCGCGCGUGCUCGUCACCCAAGCCGAGCCGACCGCUACCGAUACCCCUCCCAGCGAGUCCGAGGUCCUGAGCGUCAGCGCCCCCGGCCUGGCGGAUCCCGGCGCCGGCGACAUCACUGGCCGCACCAUACUGACAUUGCAAAACAUGGAGCCAACCACUACGUGGGUGGACGAGUUCCGCUACCUGCUAGGGGAUCACUGCGCAUGGGACCGGCUCCCGAUCGUGCCAUCGCGUAACCGCCCGUUCCGACCGCGCCAGAGCCUGUGUGUCAUUACGGGUUUGCCGGCGCGCUACCGCGACCCACAUACGGGCUUGCCUUAUGCCACGACCCAGGCGUAUGCGAUGCUGCGGCGCGUCCUGGACGGCGAGUUUCUAUGGACGGGGUCGCCGCACCGGGCCACAGCAUUGGCGGCUGGGUGCUUCGGCUCCGCCCUGGCGGACUGUGGCGCAGGCCAUGUGUUCUCGUAG